AUGGCGGGCCUGACGGCGGAGGAGCUGCGCGCCGAGAUCGAGGCGGCCAAGCAGCAGGCUGCGGCCGAGGAUGUCAGAGCACGACAGAUCGACAUCGAGGUCGACGAGGCCACGGAGCGGCAGCGGCUGCGGCGUGAGCUGGAGCAGGCAAGAGCCACCCUGUCCACCAAGCAAACCCGGAAUCGGUUUUGGAGCGCCUUCCGGGACGAUGUGGACAAGGACAGGGCAGGGAAGCAUCUUGCGGAUCCGGGAAAGGCCCAGCCUCACACUGCCAAGCCGCAGCUCCUGUCGGCUUCAAGCAUCGAGCAGUGCACCAGCUUCGGGCACGCGGUCGCGCGCGGCGAGUACGUGUGGAAGCUCCAGCAGGUCUCAUGGCUCCCGAGCAUGCUUCGCCAGGAGGAGCUCUUGACGGCGCAGUCUGAGAUAUUCUGGGUGGAUACCUUUCCCUUUCAGUUCGUUUACAACCCGAACGGAGGCGACCUCGACUCCACCUUCGACCCGCACGAUCGGUCUGCGCAGGGCUCGGUGGCCAUCAUGGCCGACCCCGGCGAGGCCGUCCUGCUUCGGUACCGCAUCUACGUCAAGGCACGCAGUGGCUCCUUCGUGCAGUGGGGUGAGACGUGUGACGAGGUCCUUGACGGGGAUGUCACAGCCUGUGGGCCGGAUGUGAGCUGGCAUGAUCAGGGCCAUCCUUCGGCCACCGGCCUUUUUGGGCUCACCUUCAAGCAGCUGCUGCAGUCCGAGUGGGUGGAGGACGACACGCUGACCUUGAAGUUUGUGCUUGAGGUGCGACCUGAGGGGUGCUAUGAGUCGAAGGUCCUCAGCCAGACGGUCGAGGUUCCGGAAGCUACCAUGAACCGCGACACGAAAGCUCUCUUGGAGAAAGGCACGUGCAGCGACGUGCGGUUCAUCGUGCAGGGCGAGGAUGUGCAUGCGCAUUCGCAAGUCCUCUGUGCAAGAUCCGAAGUCUUGGAGAAGCAGCUGACGGGCGGCAUGCAGGAGACGGCCUCCAAGGUGAUCGUGGUCGAGGACUGCGAUGUGGCUAUUUUCAAAGCCUUCCUGCAGUUCCUGUACACCGACCGCCUGCCCACCAUCGAUGAGCUUGCGGCCCAGGCUCCAAGCGACCAGAGGGGCGAUGGCAAUGUGCAGCUGCUGCAGAUGCAGGCCUUGCUCGCUGUAAGCCACAAGUACCAGGCCACCAGGUUGCAGCGGUGGUGCGAAGCGCAGCUUUGCGAACGGCUCAGCUCAGCCGAGGUCUGCGGGAUACUCGGCCAGGCACACCUCUUCCAGGCCAAGCAGCUCGAGAAGGCCUGCCUCGCCUACAUCAAGCGCCACCUGACCGAGGUGCUCAAGCUCCCCGCGUAUGCCGAGAUGGUCGCGAAGUGGCCCGAAAUCGGGAUGAAGCUGAGCCUCUUCUCGGCAGGCGUGCCGGAGGCGGAGGCGGCUGCCGUCGUGGAGGCGAGCAGCACAGUGGAGACGUGCCACAAGCGGCGGCGGCUGCAGUCAUGUGCACAGGAGCAGGACCUCAGAAGUGCUCCAUGCAACGACGUGCAAGAGCAAUCCCAGAUGAACGCGUUGCUGCUCCUCCUCUUCGCCGGCCCCUGCAUCGCAGUCCGCCAGCAGCUCGACGGCGGUGACGGCGAGACCGACCAGAUCACCAUCCGGAAGGUGAGGGACAUCCUCGAGGGCGAGGAGUACUUCCUGCCAGAGAAGCCACACCGCGAGCGCGAAGGGCAAAACCUGAUGCAGAAGGAGGAGCAGCAAGUGGAAGUGGAGGGCUGCCCGCGCUCCUCCACGGAAUGGCAGCUCACCGGAAAAACCCUCGGGCAAGGCGCCAUGGGCAAAGUGGUCGAAGUCUCGGCGUCAGGUCGUCGAGGCUCCUUUGCCCUCAAGAUUCCGCUCGAUUGGGAUGCCGAGGAGGAUGCCAAGCUCGAGGUGGCCGUCAUGAAGGCCUCCGCGUUGAAACGCUGCGACCAUGUCAUGACACUUACCGAAGCCUCACCGUGCGUCAAAGGACAAGGAGUCAACCGUAUGGCCUAUGUCGCUCCCGAGAUGGCCGGAGACUUGGACAAGUGGCUCCGUCAAUCUUCGGCCCGCAGGAAGAACCGGUGCGGUCAGAGCGUCGUGGAGCAACUGGUGAGCGGCAUGAAGUGCCUGCACUCGGCAGGCUACAUCCACGGCGACUUCAAACCUGACAAUGUCUUCUACAAGGAGUUGGAUUCCAGUGGCUGUCCGAGUGGCGUGGUCCUAGCGGAUUUCGGGCUCUCGCACAGGAUCGGCAGCACGAUGUCCCAGUACAGCAGCCGCUACUAUCCGGGCUCCCACCACCUCCCUGGGAGCAUCUUCUCCGGGGCAAGCGACACCCUGCACAUCGCCACCGGGAGACGGGGCCAAGUCGAGGUCCGUGAGGACAUCGACAGGUGCUCCCUCAAGUGGGUGGCCUCGAACUUUUUCGGCAUCCAGGUGAACUAUCCACUGACGCGGGGCACCUGCGGACCCAUGGGCCCGCGCAGGUGA